AAGAAAUUACAAUCAACGUUGUAUUUGCUUCCUUGAGAGGAAUUCAACGUUCUGAAGAGCUUCGAAUGCAAUGGAGGGGUUUACCUUGGAUACUCUUGCCUCUCGAAUCAUUGAAGUGCCUUUGCUAGGUCAAGAAGAUCAAACUGUAGAAAUUGACUGUUCAAGUUUGCCGGAGGAUGCAUCUGAAUUGGUAGAAAUAUUAACAAAUGAACAAGCCGGAAAGGAUUAUUGGACAAAAUUUGCUCGUGAAUACCAUAUACGCGGUCUUUUCAAUCAAGCACUGUUCAUUUUAAGUUCCGCACUGAAUGUUUUGAAGGAUACCGAAAGUCAGUGCCUUUUAAAUGCAAAUAUUUGCUCUAUUUAUUUACAUCUGGUGAGACAUGCCGUUUGGAAGAAGGAUAAUGCUGCUCGUGAUCAGCAUUUGCAGAAUGUACGAACAUAUCUGGAAGCUGCCAAUCGCCUUAACCCAAAAUUAGAGGCAAAUGUCUUGCUUCAUGGAAUUUAUCGAAUUUUGUUGAACCCCCUUGACAAAGAUUCCCUAGAAAACUCUCUUCGCUGUUUUGAUUUUGUGUUGCAACGAUCCGAAGGCAAUGUCUUUGCAUUAAUGGGCAAAGCCCGUAUUCUAUACUCUCGAGGAAAUUAUAGAGGAGCCUUGAAGCUUUACCAGCGUGCUCUCGUCAGCAAUCCGCAAGCCCAACCUGAUCCUCGGAUUGGUAUCGGUCUUUGCUUUUGGAAUUUGAAUAUGAAAGAUGAUGCGUUCAGUGCUUGGACUCGUGCAAAAGAAUUGGAUCAUCAAAAUCAUUUUGUUAAUACUUAUUUGGGAUUAUACUACUAUGAUCUUGCGUUUGAGAAUGCCAACUCGGAUCGUUUCUUGCAAUACUAUGGCGAAGCUUUACAAUACACCCAAGCUGCUUUUAAAGCUAUGCCAAGUGAUCCCGUCGCUUCUUGCAUCCUGGCUGGUUAUGUUUAUUCUAAACGCAGUCUAGAUGGCUGCGUUAAGCUAGCCAAUACUGUAGUGCAAAAUUCUUUCUCUCCUUCUCUCAUUGCGGAUGGCUAUUUUUGGAUGGGUCGAGCCUAUCAUCAAAUGCAAAAUUAUGAAAAGGCUAUGACCUGCUACCAAAGAGCGCGUUCUGUCGAGGAUCGCCAUCUUUUAUCAUUUUUAGGAAUAGGCCAAAUUCAGAUCCUCCAAAAUGACUUGACUAGUGCCAAGUUGACUUUUGAGCGUAUUACUGAACAGCAUCCCAAAUGUGCAGAGGCAUUAAUUAUUUUAGGGUGUCUCUACGCAUCCGAAAUAAAAAUCGACUUUACGAAGCCUCGGAUGCUUUUGGAUCGUGCCUUUAAUUUAAUCGGUUCUUCUAAGAUACCAAGGGUUGUCGACUCUGACUUGUAUAUUACUCAAGCUAGAUUAUGGGAAAAAGAAGAUACAAGGAAAAGCUUAAGCUUUUUGCAACGUGCCCACGACUUCUUAAAAAAUGCUCAUAUUACAAUUCACCCUGAACUUUUGAACAACAUUGGUGUGUUAAACUACCAUCUUGGUAAUUUCAAGGACGCCAAGGAUUAUUUCUCAGUGGCUAGAAAGGAAGAUCUCGAUAUUGAUCCCGAAAUCUUACUUGUACUUGAUUUUAAUCUUGCCCGUUGCGAAGAAGAGCUUGGUAAUGUUGAAAAAUCGAUGGAAAUCUAUAAUAAGAUAAUAGAGCUCCAACCUUCUUUCUCUGAUGCCCGUGUUCGUCUUUGUUUGUUGCAAUUAGCUAAUCCCCAGGAAGAGACUUUUAAGUCCAUUCGACAUUUAAUGACGAAUGAUGCGGAUAAUUUGGAAGUACGGGCAUUCUUUGGUUGGUAUUUAAGCAAACAAAAACGUCGUCCCGCUGAGGAUCCCGAGGUUCGGCAUUGUUCUCAAACCUUACGACAUUGGCACGAUGAUAUAUAUUCUCUUGUCCAACUUGGUAAUGCUUAUAUGCGACAAGCUCGGGAGAUUCGUGCUCAAACCGAUAAAGAUCGGGGUAAACGUCAAAAACUUUAUAUUAAAGCUGUCCAGUCUUACGAUCAAGCUAUAAAAUUUGAUCCGAAGAACGCUCAUGCCGCUCAAGGAAUUGCCGUGACAUUUGCUCAAAGUAGACAGUUUUCUAAAGCUUUGCUCAUCCUAAGCAAAAUUCGCGAGUCCAUCAAAGAUGUUACUACGUUAAUUAAUAUUGGUAACUGCUUGGCCGAAUUGAAGCAAUUCAGUCGAGCAACGGAAGUUUUUGAAACUGUUUUAUCUAUGACAGGUGGCGAUGAUGUUUAUGGAAUUUUAAGUUGCCUUGGUCGAGUGUGGUUGCAACGAGGCCGCGAAGAAAAACGCGCUGAUUUCUUGAAAGAGUCAUUGAAGUACUCGAGAAUGGCUUUGGAGAAGAACUCAGAAAACACUAGCCUACAAUUCAACGUAGCCUUCGUUCAAUUCCAGCUUUCUGAACUGAUUUACACUCAGCCUGAAAGCUCUCGAACCGUGGAAGACUUAAAAUUCGCUAUAAAGGAAUUGGACGACUCUGUGAAUAUUUUUAGUUCAUUAGUGACGUCCAAACAACCUCCUUACCCCCCUACUGAUAUUGAGCAGCGUGUAAAAAUGGCUACAAACACUACCAGAAAAAGACUGGAGCGUGCUCUUCAACAACAAUCCGAGUAUGAAGCCGCUGUUACUGCCAAGCUCGAUGAAGCCAAACUCAAUCGCGAGAAGGAAAAAGCUAGAAGAAUGGCAGAAGAAGAAGCUUUGCGCAAAGCCCAAGAAGAACGUGAACGUGAGCUUGAGGAAGAGCGGAAAGGUAUGCAAGAGGAAGUUUUACAGUGGAGAAAGAACCAAGAAAAAGAAAUUGAAGAAGAGCUUAGUGUUGCCUCUGAUGCUGAUGAGAAACAUUCGGGAAGAAAAAGAAAAGGCGAAAGAAGAAAACGCAAAUCUAGCUCUAAAGCUGAUAAAGACACCGACACCGUUAAUGAAGAUAACACUGAUGAUGAUGAGAUUCCGCUUUCAGAUGCCAGAAACAAAUUAUCAAAGAAGCGCCGUAAAAGCAAGCGUGUAAUUUCAGAAGAUUACACCUUUGACGAAUCCGAUAAUGAACAGCCUGCUGAAUCUACGGAAGGUCAAGGUAAGAAUCCUUCUCCAUCCUCCCCGCCAAAUAAAUCUUUCAACGACACUCACGAAAGUGAAAAUAAAUCAAAUAAUAAAGGUGAGGGUGAACUGGAUAAUCUUUUCUCUGACGAAGAAAAUGAACCUUCCCCUUCUUCCUAACCCGAUCGUUAAUGUCUCUUGUUGUCAUCUUAAAAAAAAGCUACAAUUUUAUGUAGUAACUUGGUUUGUCUUUUUUUGAAUUCAUUUAAUAUCCUACCCUUUGUACGUAGACUUAGACAAUGAUUAAUACCUUUUAGAAAAGUUGAGAAUGUUGUGUAAGAUGUUAGAGUAAAUAAUAAAUUAAAUAAUAACAACUAAAG